AUGCCGCGCUUCUUGAACACUUGGACGGGCGAAUUUGAGUGGCACCCCGAUCCGAGCACGGUCACAUAUGCCAUCCUAUCCCACGUGUGGCGCGAUCCGACGGACGGCGGCGAACAGUCAUACGACGAUAGUCACGAAAGGAGUACCAUCUUCGCCCACCCAGCGCUUUCAGACAAGGUUAAGGGAUUCUGCAAGGUCGCGCGCGACGCCGGUUACCGGCUUGCCUGGAACGACGCGUGUUGCAUCGACAAGACGAGCAGCGCGGAGCUCUCCGAAGCAAUCAACUCCAUGUUCGAGUGGUACAGACUCUCCGAUAUGUGCUACGUCUACCUCGCGGACGUCUCCCAUGGCGACAGGCCCCAGGAUCGCAGGUCUGAGUUCAGGCGGAGCAGGUGGCACAAGCGCGGGUGGACGUUACAGGAGCUCAUCGCGCCAGAGCGCGUGGAGUUUUUGACGCGGGACUGGCGCUUCCUGGGGACGAAGACAGGUCUCGCUCCGACUCUGGAGAGGAUCACCGGAGUAGACGUCAGCAUCCUCACAGGCCGGGCCGCCCUGGACUCGGUUGGCGUAGCGCGGAGGAUCUCAUGGGCUCACCAGCGGGAGACGACGCGCGUCGAGGACCGCGCGUACUCGCUCAUGGGACUGUUCGGCGUUCACAUGUCUGCCACCUAUGGCGAGGGCCACAACGCGUUCAUCCGUCUCCAGGAGGAGAUCAUCCGGACCAUUCCUGAUCAGAGCCUCUUCGCGUGG